AUGGUUUCGAAGGACUCGAUCGCUAAUUUAACAGAUUCAAGCGAGCAAGAUCAUCAACAAACCAACGGGGAAGGAACAUCAAUAAACAAUGGUACCUCAUCACCGGGGUCGUGCAAGCAAGAUGAUAACCACCUGCCUGGUUCACCUGUGAAACGGGAAGAGAAUGGAAAUUUGCUGGCCGCUCAAGACGUAUUGGAUUCGGCGAACCGUACACCACCAUCGGAUUUUCACUCGAGCGAAGAGGACAUUUACAUGCUCUGCACUCCGAACACUAAAACGGUACCAUCGAGCGCGGAAAAAAGUGCUUCAAGAAAGCUAACACCGAAACAGAUUGCCCUUCGUUUGCAUCGCGAAAAAACCCGGGCCCUGAAGGAACAGCAGAAGGAGGAAAAGCGCCUUCAACUGCAAAAAGAGAAAGACGAAAAGGCACGCGAAAAAGAAGAGCAAGAGCGCCAGCGGCGAAAGGAACGCGAAGAAAAGGAGGAACAGAAGCGCAAGGAGCGCGAAGAAAAGGAAGAUCAGAAGCGCAAGGAGCGCCAGGAGAAGGAACACGCAAAGCAAAAGGAGCGCGAGGAAAAAGAGGAACAGCGGCGCAAGGAGCGCGAAGAGAAGGAAAAACGGCGCCAGGAUGAGCUGGAGCAAAAGCUCGAAGAAAAGCGCCUCAAAGACGAAGAGCGGCGCCGAAAGGAGGAGCAAAAAGAAGAGGAACGGAAGCGCAGAGAUGAAGAGAAAGAGGCAGAGGAAAAGAAAAAGCAAAGGGUGGCCGAAACGUUCACGAGCUUUUUCGUGAAGAAGCCAAGUGCAGCGACCUCCGGCGUCUUGAAAGCAUCCGAUGAUGAAAAUUCUCUGGGAAACAUGUCAACGGGAGCAACGGGAAGAGAAGGAAUGGAGGUGGCGCUAACAACCGGCACGGGAACACCUCCAAGGUUCAUGCCGUUCUGUGUCAAGGGUGACAUGCGCCUAGCGCCCACCACUAGAGCCACCCUCGAUUCCAAGCAAAAGACAACGUUGGAUGCUUUUCUACAACAGAGAAGCUUUGUCGCCCUCAAACCGGCAUUGACGGUCGAUAAGCUCUACCUUGGGGAGCUUACGAGCCGCUGCCAUAAUCCACGAACAUCGGGAAAAACCUGGAACACCGAAGAGGAGGAAGAUGAAAACGACGACAUGAUGAUUGGCGACGAAACAGUGUGCCACCAGAUCGAGGAGGAUCCAGAUAGGACGAAGCAACGGUUCAAGGUAAAGUUCUUCCUUUUCGAUGAAAACCAACGGCCACCGUAUCGGGGAACAUGGCGAAAGCGCAGCCAACAGAUCAGUGCUCGGAGACCGUUUGCGUUGGAUACGCACUUUUUCGAUUACGACGUGGAUUCGGACGACGAAUGGGAAGAGGAGGAACCGGGAGAGUCUCUGCACGGCAGUGACGAUGAAAAGGACGUAGAUCACGAGGAGGAUUACGAGGUGGACAAUGAGUUCUUCGUGCCUCACGGCCAUCUAAGCGACGAGGAGAUGCAAGCUGAGGGUGAGGACGCCGAUGGAGACCCGGCCCUGGAUGAUAACAGACCGCAGGUUCAGAAGGCCAAGUUGAAAAUCCUCCAGCAGGAGUUUGUGGCCGAAAUGAAGAAGAAAACGGAGAAAAUAAAACCCCGCUUAAUUGGGUGCAUUUGGGAGAACGGUGGACACAAAGCUGGGCACACUGACCGUCCGGACUGCUCUGCCAUCAUCUGGAAGAUGUUGACCGAUCGGGCUAUGCUUUACGACCCUUCGGAGCCGAUCUCUUUCACGCUACCAUCGACGGCUCCCACCAACAGCAAUGACACUGAAGUGGAUCCGGAUGCCCAAUCUCCAGGAAAAGAGAACGAGAAAGGCCCCAAACGGGUACGCAUAACGGACGAUGCCGUGUGCGACUUGAUGCGGCUGGUGCACGGCAAUACAAACAAGAGCAAGUUUCUGGUACGCGAAUUUCAGGCGUUUUGGAAGAAUUUAAACGGUGUCACGUUCAGUUUGGAAAGCAUUCACCUCAAAAUACGGGAAGUGGCCAGCUGGGGAGUAUGCACGAUCGAUGGGCCGAUGCUAGGAAAACCCUGUUGGACAGUGGACGAUGAAAUUUUGAAAAUGCACAAACUCACAACACUGACACUGCCGAACGAAUGGAAGUAUAGCCUGGAAGGGAACAAUCAAACACGACGAUACGCACAGAAACGCCGGGCACAAGAGGAAACCCAAGAGACAGGCCAGCCAGCAGAUGAGUCCGUAAGCAAUAAGAAUCCGUCGCGAAAGAAGGUUAAGCCCAGUAACGGGCAUGUCACACUGAAAACGCAGUCCAUGUCGAACGCACCGGCGACCGUUAGCAUAACAAAGUUUACGAAGAAGCUUUCAGCGGAAGAAAAGAUGAAGAUGCUUACGGGAAUUGAAAAGAAUUCCCCUAAACAGCGCGACGCUUUGGAAAUCCCGGAAACAGUAACCUCUCCGAAGCCUGUCGCCAACAAACCGAUCAAAAUGGGUGCCACACCGUCGCCUACAUUGAAAAAACGGGCCCAGCUGUUGUCGGUUCCACGAGUAAAGGAACUGUCCUCCAAACUGAGUCCAAUCAGCAAAUUUCUAGCGAAAACCCCAAACAAAAGUCACACAGAAGCGGUCCAGAUCGAACCGUCCAGUCGCCUAAACAUUCGCCGUGAAGCGGAUACGAUGAGAGGCAUCAGGAACACCCUGAUCGCGUUGCUGCUGACCGUGCACGUGACGAGCGGCAUGACCAUUCCGGAACACAUGGAGAUCCUGGACGGCUACGAUUUCGGUCCACCCAUCACCGAACCCGAUGGCGAAGAUGAAGGAUACGCAGAGCAGCGCAGUUUGUUGGAGCCAUUCCUGUUUAGUGCGAUCCGAAACCGACGGGCGAAUCGCGCCAAACGGGAACUGGCAGAGGAGGCCACCACUACGCCGGCGGGGACCGAUAUCACCGAACAUGAAGCGCUACCCGAGGCGGCGAUGCACGUAAUGAGGGCAGCAUACGAUCACGACAACAAGCCCGUGGUCGAAAGAUCGUGGCCGAACACACCGCACAAACCCGAGUUUCAGGCGAAAGUGAUACGGGAAGAGGAUGACUCCAAUGCGGCCGCUUCGGUGCAGGUGAACGAAGGCAUAAAGUCACGUGCACCGAGGGUUAACUUUAUAACGCAACAAACUAAAAAGUCCGACCAAUCGGAAGGCGGAAACCCGGGCCGAGAGAAAGUGAUUCGCGAACUCUACCGGAAACCGGUGACCGGCGUGUACUACGAGCGGCCACGACCGAAAUCGUUCGACUCCUUCAUGGCCCCCUCACAGCAACCCCUGUUUCCUUCGCGGAUGUACAGCCGGUACGAUCCGUUCCCCGUGAUCGAUCGGAUGUACCCGCCGGCACCGCAUCGGUACGAUCACUACUACGAGCGGCGCUACGACGUGGACUACGAUUCCUACUUUCCCCGUUACAAGUUCCCGUUCUACUACUACUACCCGGACAACCGGUACGACGUGCCGCUGUAUCACCGCGAUCGCAACUUUCUCUACACGAACGAGCUCCUCCACGGCAUUCCUUCCACGCCUGGCUCACCGCCGAUGCGCAAUCGGCGGAUCAUCUACUACGCCACGCUGCCGGAAAUUGUGCGGACACCUCCGAACGUGGAGCUGCGGUACCGGAACCGCGAUCGGUUCGAUCGCCCACACGUGGUCAGCUCCACUCCGGCGUCGUUCGGUUCCUACAAAGCUCCGGACCGGUUCGGAAGUCCUGGCGACAGCCGCAAGGAAGAUAAAUACGUUAGCUCGAAACCAAUCAAAAUCGUUCGGGAAGCCGAUUUGCUGGCUGGCGGUGUCGGGAUUCAGUCCACGAAACGGCUCCGAAAGAAAGAGCUGGCCCGCCGAAAGAAAUUCAAAUACCUCAUAUCCAGCAACAUGUUGCCACAACAGCACCCUCUCGGCGACGAACGAUGCCGCCGCUAG